AUGACAAGAUUUCCAGAAAUUAAAUAUUUCAUUCUUCAAAUUUUAUAAGAAAUGCUCAUUUUCUAUCUACCAGCUUCAUCUUUUGAAUGGUUUUGCUUAUAAAAUUUUGUUCCUGACAUAAUAUUGAUAAGCCCUAAUUAAAUAAUUUUAUAUUAUAUCUCAAUUAAAUCAAAAAAAAUUCAAUAGACGGGUCAUAGACUUAGAAACUCUUACGUCCAAAUCUAGAGGUUAUAUCUAAAACUUUCUAAUUCAAAAUAGCAUCAAACUCAAUAUUUAGAUCACAGUUAACUUCUAGUCCAUCCCUUAAACUUAUUUAUAUCAUUCUUUAAUUGGGCUGGUAAAAGAUAAUUUUUAAUACUAUACCAUCAAUAAAUUAAAAUUAAGAUUGAUUCAUUACAAUAAUAAAUAAAAAUUUUAUUUAACAAUUCAAAAUAAUAUUAAUAAGUUGCUCAAUUUUUAGCAAAGGUUAAUCGCGUUUCAUAAAUUCAGUUAUUUUUGGUUUUGGCAAAAGAUUAAAAAAAAGUAUAUUAAAAUUUAUUAUCCUUCAAACUUAAGUAUAAACUUAAAUAAGAAAAGAAGGCCUUUAAGCAAUUUAAAGCUAAACCACAAAUUCCAUUUUCAUCUUUGAUAAAUAAUACUAUUUCCCUUAAGGAGUUUUAAUAUUAUUAUUUUUUUAUGAUAACUUUUAAAUAUAAUUAAUCUUUUAUUCCUAAACUAUCUCCUAAAAAAGUGUAAGUUAUCAUUAUAAUCAUAGGAAUAAGGAAAAAAUCAUGGAUUUUUUUAGAAUUUAAAGAAAUGAAAGCUAGAUAAGAGAGAAUUGUAAAAAAACAGGUACUUUUUGAACCAAAAUUGGAUUGGUAUUUAAUCGAUUCUCUUCUAGUGGUCCAAUUUCAGGAAGUUGUGCUACUGCUACAUAAGCCAUUUUUGUAAAUUUAGUAGCAUGAAGUACAUUUGCAGUUGCCUAAGGAGGAGCCAUAUAAGUAAGUAUCACAUACUGUUGAUUAUUAAGCUAAGUUACUUCGAGUACAUAAAUCGGUUUAUUCAUUUUAACUUUCUCUCCUUACAUUUAUUUGAAACUUGAUUAAUUCAGAUUAAUAAAUUUUAUUCUCUAGUUUUCGAGUAANGAAAUUAAAUAUUUCAUUCUUCAAAUUUUAUAAGAAAUGCUCAUUUUCUAUCUACCAGCUUCAUCUUUUGAAUGGUUUUGCUUAUAAAAUUUUGUUCCUGACAUAAUAUUGAUAAGCCCUAAUUAAAUAAUUUUAUAUUAUAUCUCAAUUAAAUCAAAAAAAAUUCAAUAGACGGGUCAUAGACUUAGAAACUCUUACGUCCAAAUCUAGAGGUUAUAUCUAAAACUUUCUAAUUCAAAAUAGCAUCAAACUCAAUAUUUAGAUCACAGUUAACUUCUAGUCCAUCCCUUAAACUUAUUUAUAUCAUUCUUUAAUUGGGCUGGUAAAAGAUAAUUUUUAAUACUAUACCAUCAAUAAAUUAAAAUUAAGAUUGAUUCAUUACAAUAAUAAAUAAAAAUUUUAUUUAACAAUUCAAAAUAAUAUUAAUAAGUUGCUCAAUUUUUAGCAAAGGUUAAUCGCGUUUCAUAAAUUCAGUUAUUUUUGGUUUUGGCAAAAGAUUAAAAAAAAGUAUAUUAAAAUUUAUUAUCCUUCAAACUUAAGUAUAAACUUAAAUAAGAAAAGAAGGCCUUUAAGCAAUUUAAAGCUAAACCACAAAUUCCAUUUUCAUCUUUGAUAAAUAAUACUAUUUCCCUUAAGGAGUUUUAAUAUUAUUAUUUUUUUAUGAUAACUUUUAAAUAUAAUUAAUCUUUUAUUCCUAAACUAUCUCCUAAAAAAGUGUAAGUUAUCAUUAUAAUCAUAGGAAUAAGGAAAAAAUCAUGGAUUUUUUUAGAAUUUAAAGAAAUGAAAGCUAGAUAAGAGAGAAUUGUAAAAAAACAGGUACUUUUUGAACCAAAAUUGGAUUGGUAUUUAAUCGAUUCUCUUCUAGUGGUCCAAUUUCAGGAAGUUGUGCUACUGCUACAUAAGCCAUUUUUGUAAAUUUAGUAGCAUGAAGUACAUUUGCAGUUGCCUAAGGAGGAGCCAUAUAAGUAAGUAUCACAUACUGUUGAUUAUUAAGCUAAGUUACUUCGAGUACAUAAAUCGGUUUAUUCAUUUUAACUUUCUCUCCUUACAUUUAUUUGAAACUUGA